AUGUCUUCGAUUCUCACGUCAAUUAGCGGUAUCUUUGGUGGCUGUUGCGGAAGUGUUAUCACAUUGGAAUACUUGGUCCAGAGGGAAGAUGGGGACGCAGCUUCGAAUGUGACAGCUUUGAUUACUUUCUGCCAGUUUCUGCUGGUGUCCCUUAUUGGACUAAGAGAUGUGGUAAAUUUUGAAGGGAAACUACCGCGAUUGAGGAGAUUACAGACCCCUGUGAAGAUUUACGUUUUAUCCGUGAUCCUGUACUAUACAAGUUCCAUCACUAACAAUAGUGCGUUAAAAUACAACGUUUCUAUGCCAAUACACAUUGUAUUCCGAUGUUUCAGCACAGUAAUAACAGUUUGUGUAUGCCGGGUCUUGACUGGGAGGAGGUACUCAAGCUUGCAGGUGUUUUCGACGACGUUACUUACGUCAGGUGCUGUUCUUGCGUCGCUAUUCAAAGAGGACAAUUUCCACUGGAACGGCUUGCAAAACAUGGUCGGAAACUUCUCUCACCAGAUUGUGUACGGCGAUUCAUCCUUUAUGAAGGGCGUUUGUCUUCUCAUUUUGUCAUCGUUUCUGUCAUCUUUCCUUUCAGUUUUAACGGAAUGGACCUAUACCACGUACGGUAAGCAUUGGAGGGAGAAUGUGUUCUAUCUGCAUUUCCUCUCUUUACCGCUCUUUCUGUUCAACCACAACCAAAUAUGGACCGAGGGAACGCUACUCUUCAACGAUACGAAAACGCAUACUCUAUGUUACGGCCAUAUCUGUUACUCUGUCCCAAGAAAGGCAAUGUACCUACUGGGGAACGUCUUAUCGCAAUACAUUUGCAUCAAUGGUGUCAGCAAACUGGCAAGCCAGACUGGGGCAUUAACUUUGUCUGUAGUACUACUGGUCAGAAGAUUUAUAAGUUUACUGUUGAGCGUCUAUUUGUUCAACAACACUCUUUCCGAGACUGGGUACUUUGGAGUAUUCCUAGUGUUUUUAGGCGCUUUAAUUUACUUACUGGGGUCCCAAGACGCUACAAGAUCAAAAAAAAAAGGUUGGGGAAGGAUACCUAGCCGUAAACAUACAAAACUAUAUACCAGUCGUUGCAUACAUAGAUACACCGUGAUAACAGCCCUCGUCUUCGAGGUGAUCAUUGCACAACGUACUAAUAGAAAAAAUACUGCUUAA